AUGCCAGAGGAGCUUUGGGCAGAGAAGGGAGAUGUUAUUGAAGCUUUAAGUCCAGUCCAUCAAGAUGGAUUUAUUAGAGCGAAGAAUUACCGGUUAAAAAAAGUAGGAAGUUUUCCCAUGUAUUUGCUUAAAAAACAUUUGAAAUUUGAAAAUUUUUCAAUAUUUGCUAAUAUUCAAUAAAUAAAAAUUAAAUCAAUGGGCGGAAAAUCUUUUUAUUUUUCAACAUAAAAUCCAAAUACAAAAUAAAAUUUUUAUAAAGGUUCUGUUGGAAUACAAUAGAAAUUUGAGGAGACAUUUUGACAGCAAAUAAAUUUAUACUAGUGUUGUUCCCGACAUUGUUCC